AUGAGUUUCAAUCAGAAUACCGCCGUUACUCGAUCUAAUCACGUUAAUGACGAGUUGUACCUGUCUUUGAUCGACUUUCAAACCGUAUUGUCUGGAACACUCGAUGAUAAUUUCCUAAUUGAUGUACUCGGUCAAGUUAUUGAUUGUGGUGAUGUUGAGACCAUGCAGUGUACUGGGGGAAAGCAACGAAAGAAGCUUGAGUUCACUUUAAGCGAUCUCAAUGAUACCCGUUUAACAUGCUGCAUAUGGGGAAACUUGGCGGACAAACUCCUUUCUUCAAUUAAUCAAGAAACUGGAAUGGUUACUAUGCUUCUCAGAUUUGCUAAGCUUGGGAGAUUUAGAGGAGAACUGCAAAUCUCUAAUGCGUUUGAUGCUUCCGUAAUGAUGCUAAACCCUCCAAUACCUGAAGCCGAAGCAUUUAAAGUUUUGAUCAACGAUGAUGCGAUGACUCUAACAUCAUUCCAGAGUAAUGACGACUCUCAAGAUGACAACAACAACCGAGUUGGAAUUGUGGGGAAGCGUGGUCAGCGUGAUAAGUGGUUACUCUUUCCCACCAAGACCAUCUAUGAAAUGAUAACCUCAACUCAAGUUGAAAAAUGUUUAGUGAAGUGCGUAGUGUAUGCCAUUGACAUGGAUUGGUCUUGGUAUUAUUUUGGUUGUAAAUCUUGCAACAAGAGAGUGCUCAAAACCGGAACCACGUUUAAGAAAUUGAAUGGUAAAGAGAUCGUUCAACAUAAUUGGUGGUGUGAGGAAUGCAAAGACAGUGUCAUCGAUGUUUCACCAAGAUUUUGGCUGCACUUGAUGGUCAGUGAUGAUUCAGGCAUCUCGAAGAUAAUGAUCUUGGAUCAUGUUGCUAACAACAUUGUGUCCAAAACUCCAGAAAAACUCCUCAAUGGAAGCUGGGAAGAGCUUCAAGAUCCAACAUUAGUACCAGACUGUAUUAAUGAUUUGGUUGGCAAAGAGUUCACGUUUGGAGUCUAUAUUGACAAAGAAAAUGUUGCUUAUGGAAGUGAAUUUUAUAAGGAUUCUGUCUACUUAAGUGAAAAUCAAGAACACUUCGAUUCUAAUUCUACACCCUCCAGUAAGAGAAAAGAAGAGGAGAUCACUAAUCUUAUCGACCUCAGCUCAACAUCUAAGAAAUCAUGUACAAGGUCGAUCAAGAUUGAAAAGGUCCAAGAUGUGAAUAAGAAACGUUGA